AUGGCAGGAUCAAGCCCUUCUACACCAGCACUUUCAGCGGACCAGCACACUACACCAGAGUACAGGAACUGGCUUGCUCUAGGACAUGCAUUAACAACCGUGCUUUGUCAAGGUCUUCGCCCAUUUAUCAACAGAGAGAUGAUGGCUUUCUAUGCAAACGUAACUGCAACACUUGCAGCUGCUGGUCCCUGUACUUGUGUCUUUGUCAAAGGAAGAAGACCAAAUCAACAUCAUGACAUGAGCAGCUGCAUGUGGGCUAACGUCCUUCAACGUCAUCAUCAUAAAGGCAGGCCAAUCUGGGAACAAAGCGAUUCCACCAAGUGGACGGAUCCAAUCCAGGGUCCUUGGGAGAUAGCCAAACUAUUUCUCCCUAAUCUGGGGGGACACGUGAUAACAAGCGCAGAAGAUAUGGACGUCACGGGGAUCUUGAACCUAAUGGACUGGUGUGAUCACUUCCGAACAAUUCCUCGAACAUUGAUCGAAGAAGUCCGUGAUAUUCGAAAUCACAAGUGGGUACAUGUGCCGAAGUUGGAGUUGACCGAAGUUGACAAAGCUAAUGCCUUUGCGAUAAUAGAAAGUUUUCUUCAGGCUCCUUACUUAGCUCAUGACCAAGAGGCCCAACAAGCUCUACGUGAAAUCCAAACACUCAAAUGUGUCUCAGACUUAAACAAUUUUCAGGCCCAAGUUCUCAAGCAAUAUAAAGAAAUAAUUGAAGACAAAAUCCUAGAACUGCAGAGAAAACUCGACGAAGAGUCCAACCUUCGAAAUCAGAUGGAGGGACGCUUACACAACAUACAGGAAUUAUUACAAAACUUAAAAAAUGUAAUAAGAGUCAUAGUUACCCUCCCAAACAUUGUGAAAUGUGGUGCUCUAUCUCUAUGCAGCGAGAUGAUUAAGUGCACUCGUGCAAUGCUGAAAGAGCGGCUUAUGCUUUGGUUACUAAUCCUGUUAUUGUGUAGUUGUAUCACUGUUCUUGAUCCAAAGUCAUACAAAGACGGUAAGUAGACCUGUAUGGUAUUUAAAACCAGAUCUUCUAUCUGUUUCGAUAGCUAAUAGUGGGGCGCUGUGGUAAAGAUUCUUGGGUGCUUUUAGGCAGUGUAGAUACAAGUACUGGUUUACUCUUAGUCAGUUAUAGGUCGAACGUCGUUGAUCAAACUGAUUAUGUCCUUUUGGUGCCCAUACGAACUAAAAAACAAGGAAGGUGUUGAAUAGGAAGUGAUCUGAUCCAUAGCGUUCACAGUACUGAACUAGAAUUAGAAUGAGAAGUUUACCACUGCAGUCUGGGGUCCACUUAAUGGGUAAGGCGUCUCAUCAAACGGUCAGUGUUGCUUUACGUCAGCAAUUACUUUGACUAUAUUCGUCUUUACAGGGUGUCCUGCAGAGACAGCCGGAGUUCCAAUCGACACCAAAGAUAUCAGUAUGUCAGAGUACUUGAUAACAGCUAGAGGCGAAACCUUUAUCGGGCGCCAUUGGCUGUAUAGAGAGGUCGAAGAUUCGCUGAAGGAUGGUAACGUGGCGGGGGUGCUAGUGAUUGGAAAUCCUGGUGCAGGCAAAUCUGCUUGGGCCUCUCAGCUAAUUUGUUCUCGAACAACAAGCUCUACGAUUCACUCCCACAUUCUCGGUUACCACUUGUGUAAGUACUCAGACAAAAAUACACAAAUGGCAGGAAAGUUCGUUCGAAAUUUAGCCGAGAUGAUAGCACGCAGGUUGCCCGAGUAUGGUUAUCUCGUUUCCAGUAGUUCUUAUAUUCAACGCUCUUUAGAUCUGGACUGUAUCCAGAAUCAGGAUCCUGUGGGUUGUUUUGAGCAAAGUAUCAUUACUCCCCUGAGAAACCUGAAAAAUGAACCGACACACAAUUGGUUUGUUAUAGUGGAUGCCCUAGAUGAGUGUCUUCCACAAGGUGAAACAAGUCAAAGCAUUGUUUAUCUCCUAAACAACAAGAUUAAUCGGUUUCCACACUGGUUAAAGCUUAUCAUGACUUCACGAAAUGAAUCGGAUGCCUUACUGCGUUCAACAAAAAUAACAAACUUAGUCAUUGAUCCCGAAGAUUCUAGAAACCUGGAGGAUAUUGAGAUUUUUGUGAUGACAAGGCUUUAUCAGGAAAGUCUUUUACUGCACCGCAUAACUUCCUGGUUCGGAGAUGACAGUAUCGAAAGUACAACAAAGGUAGCAGCUGCGUUACUUAGCAAAAGUCAAGGAAACUUUCUCUUUGUUAAAGAGUUGCUUAACCAUUGGGAACACUCAAGACACGAAUUAGGAAAUGCAUAUGUCUUGCCAAAGUCUUUGGAAGACCUGUACCACAGUUACUUUGAAAGACUUUAUCCUAGACAAAGGAACUUUAGUCCUGCGCGGCGUGUUUUGGAAUUACUGGUUUCCACAUUUGAACCUCUUACUCAAAAAGAGAUCUUUGAAGUACUGAGAAUGAAAGAGAAUGACGUAGACAAAGAAUACGGUUUCAAGAAUAGAUUGAAAGAGCUAGGACAUUUUCUAAAAUACGGAGAAAACAAUACAAUCACACUUUAUCACCUCUCACUAGCUGACUGGUUAACUAAUGAAAAAAACGAGAAGUUCUUUGUAAGUAAAAAGAAUGGACACGAGAUCUUCUGUGGUUACUACAUCAAUCUCAUUAAAGGCGGAGAUAAAAGUACUCUGUUGAAAUAUAUUCUCACUUUGGCCCAGCACAUUGCAUUCGGAGGUUGGAAAGAAGCCUACAUCAACGAAUUUCUUAAUUUUCCUUCCCAGACAGUCAAUUCGUCCGAUCCGCUUAGUAACAGAACUCUGCUGCAUUUGGCAGCGACAAUCAAUACUACAGAUGUGCUGAAACUGUUAUUACGACAUUUUAGCAGCAUUGAUGGCGUUGAUAAGCGCGGAGUUACACCCGCGUUUUUGGCAGCACAGCAUGGACUUGUAGACAAUCUUGCAUUGUUGGUAAAUAGAGGUGCUAACGUAAAUCAAAAGGCGCAGUCAAUCCUUGUAUUUUAUAAUAAGGACAAGAUAAGAACCGCCUUUGAGGAUGUCAAAGGUGAUUGCUAUCAAUCAUACUGUGGUCCCAUUUUUCAGACCCCAUCGAAUUUAUUUGACUCCUCAAUGCUCCAUGCUGCAGCCCAAGCAGGACAUGUAAGCGUUGUUAGUUUUCUAAUUGCUAACAAUGCUACGAUUUCGGCAAUGAAUGCUAUAUACCUGAGCCCAAUCCAGUUAGCGGCAGAAAAUGGACAUGUUAAAGUUGUUAAAGUUCUUUACGAGGCAGGCGCAAUUGCAGAUCAAACCGCUCUACAUCUCGCAACUGCAAACAAUAGAUUGGAAGUGGUGGAUUUCCUCUUAAAAAAAGCUGGUGUCAAAGACGAAUGCCUAAGGUGUGAUGGCUCUUUUUAUUGGGUGGAUGAAAUGCAAAAAGGACAGAUUCUAUUUUAUGAUGACAAACAUUUAAUUUUAUGCCAUUCUGCUCUUCACACUGCUGUUGCCUUAGGAUACGACAAGAUAGUUUCUCGCCUUCUUUCCGAGGAACGUAAUGCUUUAAAAUGCUCCGAUUAUUCCGGUAGAUCUCCACUUCACGAAGCCGUUCAAAAAAACCGAAUGAGCAUCGCCGAUAUUUUGCUUGAUAAGCAACCGGAGAUGAUACACUUUAAAUGUGAACACUGGCAAGAAGUCGACACAUCAGAGCUUAGUUAUGAAGAGCGAACUGAAUACAACGCAAAUGUUUGUCAUUGUGGUUAUACUCCUCUCCACCUUGCAGCGCGGUAUGGACUUCAGGAAAUGGCGAUAUUGCUCAUCAGAAAAGGGGCUCGUGUUGAUGACCGGGAUUGCAACGGAGCCACUCCCAUUCAUGUGGCUGCUUGUCACGACCAAGGAGGCUUAAUUGUUGUAUUUUCUCAUCCAAAUGUUGGGGGCGACAUCAACACCAAAACUCUGAAUGGAUCCACCCCUCUUCAUAUCGCUGCGGCUUGUGGAGCUGUAGAAGUAAUUAAUUAUAUCCUCUACAUGAACGCAAACCCGUCGGCUGUUGAUGAUUACGGUCUGACGGCACUGCACUACUCAAUUCGAAGUAUCAAAGCAAGUGAACUUGGUCGAAUAGUGUACCGUGAUGACAUCAAAUUUGGAGACCGAAAGGGUCAUUUGUCUGGCUUUUACUCAGACAAUCAGCAGGUAAAGAGUUCUGACCAUUUAAAUUGGUUAGACAUCCUUCUUAGGUUAGUUUUUACAGGCUGUGAUCUCGAUGCCGUUGAUAAGAAAGGACAAACAACAUUACAUAUUGCUGCUGAGAAUGGAUUAGCCGACGCUGUUAACGUUCUUCUUCAAAGGAACGCAUCACUGGAUAAAAAAGACAUUAACGGAAAGACACCGCUAGAUCUGGCAGUUGAACAUUCACAGCGUCCGAUUUUCCAAUUUUAUUCACCUUUCCUUUUACGGACCAAAAUAGAAGAUUUGCAACAAGCUUUAAGUGAUCAUGAGAUGGUCGUUUUCCUACUUCUUUAUCAUGGCGCUUUGAUUGGGAAAUGCAGGCAGAAAGAAGGUAGCUUGCUACACCAGGCAAUCCUUAACCAACAGCCUUACAUUGUUCAACUCCUAUUGCUAAAGGGAGCGAGUUUAAGAUGUAAAGAUAGCCUUGGGCGAACACCCCUUAUAACUUACCUUCAAAAUGGUGGAACAUUCAUAGAUGUGCUUCUCAAAAACUUUGUCAAGUACGUUCCUAUCGAAUGUGGAAGGCCUUUUAACCAUUCAGUGUAUCAUCUUUUAAGUUAUCGCACCCCAACAAUUCAAGACGAUAAUUUUUUCUACGUCAGAAAAUGCAGUGGACAUGAUGACCUGGUUUGUGAAAUAAAGUAUGGUGCUCUCGCUGAAGCUCUUGAAAGUCACCCUAAAAAACACAGCGUAUUGAGUUCCUGCUUAGACGCUGAGGGAUUUACACCGCUACACAGAGCUGCACAAGGAAGCAAUCUCAUAGCAGUUCGAUAUCUUCUUGCAAAUGGUGCAAAUGAUUCUGUUUUAAGUCCACAUGGCUAUAACGCUUUAACACUGGCUGUGCUUUAUGCCGGAAAUGAAAGGCGCACAUGGGAAUCUCGCAGAUUUAAGGAAGUUAACGAGGAUGAUAAAGUAUCACAGGCCGAAACAACAUCAAUUGAACUUCUUCGUUAUGCAUCAAAAAAUCGGGGAUUUAGAAUUCGAUGUGACUCAAGCAAGCCAGAAAUGAGUAUUUACCAUUUGGCAGCCUUUUCUGGUCUUGUAGAGUUUAUAGACGUAGUGUUAAAAGAAAGUGAUUCUCCAGCCAUAAACGUGAACUGUCCUAAUUCGGACGGAAUAACUCCGAUGUACCUGGCAAAAUUUGUCGAAAACAAUAACCCAAGUUACCGUUACGAUCGUUGGCGGCAGGUUAUCGAGUUAAUUAAAGGUCACGGAGGGGAGAUGCGAUACCCAAAGCAGGAUGCCGAAUAUAAUAUAAUUUUCAGAAGAUUGUUUGGGGAAUUUACCUUAGAUUUGCGACCCGAACAAUUCCGCUUCAUCACUUCGCUGACAACAUUGUAUGAAAAAAGUGAGAAUACUUUAUUUCAUUGUUCAUUUGGUGUCUCAUUCAAUAUUACGAAAUUUUUACAUUCUCUUCAGUCUCCUCUGUCUUUAUGGAUGGAAUUAGAAAAAGCUAUUGAAGAACUUCCGUACCAUCAUAAGUCGAGGUUUCGAAGAAGUAUGAAACAGUGUUUAAAGGAACAAAGACUUAGAGAUCAGUACUCUUCAAAAGUUACAAAGAUCUCUGCGAGUUAUAGCCUUUUUGUGUCUCCUGACCAGAACCGAAAGUUUCAAGAAAGACUCCUUGGGUUGAUGCUGAUGCAACACGUUGAAUUGAGAUACUUUUCCUGCAUUAGAUCCUUAUAUUAUAAGCUGAAACCAUUUUUGAAUGCGACAACUGCAAUGAAAACUCACCCACGACAGUAUGAGAAAAUAACUCCUUUCUUUUACCUUUUUACGAUUUGUGAAGACAUCUGGUCUGCGUUAGUAGAUUACAAACAUGGUAAGUUAACUUCAUUAGAUUACACAUUUCACUUGGACGAACUCUUAAGUCGUUUUAGUCAUUUCGUAAGCGAAAGGCUAAAUAUACUCACAGGAAGUAGCUCCAAUACUAUGAAUCUGUUUGAUAGCCUCAUCGGCAAAGAGUGGCCACUGGAGUUUUUUAUAAAACGUUUUUACGGUGCCUUUAGCCAGUAUGAUUACCUGAAAAUUCUU